UUCUUUUUGCGUCAUAAAUGAAAAACAAGAUCGAAGAGAGAUUCUCUGAGUUUUUUGAGAAGUGGAUAUGUCAACUCGACGAUUAUUUUCACCAACUCAUGAAACUGGUACCGAGUGAACGAGUUAAAACGGGAGCUACUCUAUCCGAUCACCAAGAACUGCAAGCUUUGGUUCCUAAAGUGACUCAGCAUUACAAAGAAUACUACACUAUCAAAUGGGCUUUAGCUCAUGAGAACGUUCUUGUGUUCUUUUCACCCGUUUGGCUCUCUCCUCUCGAGACUGCUUGUUCUUGGAUUACUGGUUGGAAGCCUUCAGCUGUGUUCAAACUCGUUAACUCGUUAAGAACAAAUAAUCACACUCUAGCUGAGUUGACUCAUGAUCAAGUGAGGAGGAUUGAAGAACUGAGGGUGAAGAUAAAGUCGGAGGAAGAGAAAGUUGAGAGGGAAAUGGAGAGGCAACAGGUGGCUAUAGCGGACAGGAAAAUGGUGGAAUUGGCGAGGAUGGCUUAUAAAGUGAGUGGUAAUCAAGCGAGUCAAGUAGAAGAAUUGGCUCAAGUUGCAUUAAAAGGAUUAAUGGCGGGAUUAGAAAAAGUUAUGAAAGCUGCAGAUUGCGUUAGGCUCAGGGCUUUGAAAGGAAUUUUGGAUGUUUUGAGUCCUUUGCAGUGUGUUGAGUUCUUGGCUGCUACUUGUAUGCUUCAUAUUAAGCUGAGACAGCAGGGAAUGAAAAGGAACAGUGCUAUCAAUAUCUAGGGUUUUUGGGUUUGUUGUGUUUGUAAUUAGGGUUUAGUAACUUGGUUUCUUGUUCAGGAAGUUUGGUGUGUGUUUUGCUUCUUCUUUUUUUCCUUCAUGUAUGGAGUUUUUCUUUUCCAGACAGUGGUUUCUGGUUUUUGGCUAUCUCUAUG